UCAAAGUCUCCCCCCGUACAUCACUGAGAGGAGUUGAAAGCUUUUGAGUCCAAGACAAAGAUGAUGCACAAUGGAAGGAGCUGAAAUGGAUGAGGAGCGUUCCUUUCGGAGGCAAGAAUUGGAGUCCUUCGACACGCUCAAAGCAGCUCUCAAGCUCUACCUCCACAAUUCCAACUUCAUCGUCUUCACUCUCUUCACUUCCAUCCCACUGUGUACUCUUUUGGUUUACUCUGAAAUAAUCCUCCACAAGACUUUGUACGAGGUUUCAGAGUUCCUCUCCGGAACUCCCGAUUACUCGUAUUACCACGAUGGCCCUCGUCCAGAUAGUUACGCUGCAAGAUUGACCCGAGAGACACUUCCCAAGAUCAUCCAAGUUUUUCUGCUUUACUUGGUGCCUUACCAUCUCCUAGACCUCUUCAGCUUAGUCUUGACGGUCGAUUCGGCAGCGGAUCUGAUCGGUGCAGAGGAAAAGCCGGCCAGUCUCAAGCACGUCGCCCUGAAAGCUCUCAAGAAAGCCCGGUUCAGAGGCCCCUUCAUCACGUCCCUGUACGUUCACUUGUUCUCCAUCUGUACUUUCGUUGGGCUGAUGUGGGUAGUCGCAAAUUACCAAAUUCUAUUGAGGGUUGGGUUUUCGUCUCUCUACAUGAGUUUUUUCAGUUUUCCAAGAGGGUACUUAAAAGAAUUAGUCUUGUUGGGUUUAGUCCAUGGAGUGGCUUUCAUGGCCCUGCUCAUGAAGUACAUGGACUGGAGUGCUGAGUGGAACAUGGGUUUGGUCGUUUCUAUCUUGGAGGACUCAUAUGGGAGUGAGGCAAUGGAGGUCUCUGCUUAUUUGAGCAAAGGGAACAAUAAGAAGGGUGCUUUUCUGAUGUUGGUGUUCUUCUUGUGGGGACUUUGUCUGAGGUUGCCUUGUCUCUAUGGCAAGUGUAGCGAGAGAAAUGGUGGGGUUUUGGUCAUUAGUGUGGUGAUGUGUCUGGUUUGUGUGGGGAAUGUGUUGAAGUGGGUGACUAGCUUGUUGUACUUCAAGGAGUGCAAGAAGAGGGUUAUGGAGAAGAAAUUUGAUGAGGAAGAAGGGGAGAGUGUUGUUCAAGCAAUGGUGCAAGAGAAGACGAGAGUCGUGCAACCAGAAGCCGAAGCUGUUGGCAGCGCCUGACAACCAUACAACGUGGCCUCUCCAUUUGCAAGAUCUGCAAUUCUGUACUACUAUUUAUCCUUUUCAUGUAAGCACAGAACCAGUAGAUUCUAUGUAGCAAAAUUUUAAAGUAUAAGAUCAAAUGGAAUCCGGUGAAA